CUGUUUAUCUUCCUGGGUCAGGAGCUGCUGUCUCCUGCCUUGUCAUCUGGGGAGAUACCAGCAGCUGCUGCUCCCCAGCCGGGUCUGGGCAGGGGCGAGACCUUCAUUAAAGCGCCUUCUGUGCCCAGCCCAGGUGGGGACUUUUUGGAAUAGCCCCCUGGGCGUCCCCAGGCUCUGCCAACAUCAGCUCCUGAGCCAGAGACUCCAGCUCUUUGCUGUUCUCCUUUCUUUCCGGCCCAUGGAAUGACUCCUCUCUGGAUUGUAUCUCUCUCUCUCUCCCAGCAGGUGAUGGGACAGUGAGUGAGAACAAAGGAGGAGAAUCCUCAGCAGAAAAUCCUCAGCAAGUGUAACUGCGUGGGACGUUAUCAGGAAGAACUGAAGGGAAUUUCUUCCAGAGUUGUAAGAGAGGCAGCUAGAAAAAAAGUGGAUAAAUCUAUUUGUUGUGGGAGAGGCUGCGGGAAUCUCAAGAAAACCACAUCCCAGCAAGGAAUCCAAAUGGGAGAGAGAAAAAACACAUCCACUGAGUUUGGGAAAAGUUUUAAUGACAGUUCACACCUUCCUAGACAACAAAGAACUCUCACAGGGGAAAGACCCUUCAAGUGCUUGGACUGUGGGAAAAGCUUCAAUCUGAGCUCAAACCUUCUUACCCACCAGAGAACCCACACAGGAGAGCGACCCUAUAAAUGCUUGGACUGUGGGAAAAGUUUCAGCCUGAGCUCAAACCUUCUUACACACCGGCAACACCACACGGGAGAGCGACCCUAUAAAUGCUUGGACUGCGGGAAAAGUUUCAUUCAGAGCUCCGAUCUUAUUUCACAUCAACGACUCCAUACAGGAGAGAGACCCUAUAAAUGCCUUGACUGCGGGAAAAGUUUUAUACAGAGCUCACACCUGAUUAGACAUCAGAGUCUCCAUUUGGGAGAGAAACCCCAUAAGUGCCUCAUCUGUGGGAAAAAUUUCACUCAGAAGUCACACCUUAUUAGACACCAGGGAAUCCACACAGGAGAGGAGCCCUAUAAGUGCACUGACUGUGGGGAAACAUUCAUUCAGAGCUCACAGCUUAUUGUGCAUCAGAGAAUCCAUACGGGAGAGAAACCUUUUAAAUGCUUGGACUGUGGGAAAACCUUCAGUCGGAGUUCCCACCUUAUUGUGCAUCAGAGAACCCACACGGGAGAGAAGCCCUAUAAAUGCUUUGACUGUGGGAAAAGUUUUAGUGUCAACUCAAACCUUAUUACGCAUCAGAGGACCCACACAGGAGAGAGACCCUAUAAGUGCCUGGACUGUGGGAAAAGUUUCCAGCGGAGCUCACAUCUUAUUAAACAUCAGAAAAUCCACACGGCGAAGAGGACCUGAAUGUGGGUGACUCUUCACUUGGGGCUAUGAUCAUAAGUGGCUUCUGCAAAUCCAUACAGGAUAGAGACCUCCUAAACGUCCAUAGUGUGGCAAAUGUUUCAAGCAGAGUUCACAUCAUAUUGGACGUGAGAGACUCCACACAGUAGAGAAAUUGUAGCAGGCUGCCAGCCUCUGCUGUUGUUAGGACCAGCUUUCUGUUUAAUGCUUGUCUCUUCUAAGUGCUCUAAAACCUGCAUGGUUACUCGGAUAGCUCUGAUAUUUGGUGUACCUCAUGGGUUUGUGGGGUAGGGUGAGUGAACUAAAUUUGGGGUCAUUUAAAUAUGGGGUUCCUGAGAUAUAGCCCCCUGACAACAGUUGCUUUUUGCAAAGUUGAGAGGUUCCACCAAAGUUUUUUUGCCCAGAUCUGGGGAUCUGUCACAGGGUUGGAGGAUGCAUCACUUCUGACCCUGUAACCCUGAGAGCCUCACAAUGCUUUGCUACUGUAACUCCCUGCCUGGGACAGUCACAGUCAGCAACAAGCAUGCAGGUCACAGCCUGAGUGUCUGUGUAUAACUGCCACCCUGGUCCAGCCACUCUGAUCCCAGCAACACAGCAGGCCCACUCCCUGCUCUCUACCAGCCUGGGUUACCACCAGCAGGGUGACCCCAAUGCACUCCCAGUCCUGAAUUUUGCCCAAACGGUGUGCUCGGCAAUGUGCAAUGUCAAACAAAUUUAUUAACAAAAGGUCAUAGGUUAAGUGAUGCUGAGAAAAGGAAUAAAAGUAGAGAUGGUUACAAGCAAAUGAAAGUGAAAAUUUGCAUCUAAAAGUCAAAAACUGAAUCUAGCGAGGUAUGGGCUUUAUUCAAGAUGGUUUCUCUCAGCAAUCUUCCUUCUUGCCAGCCAGGGCUGAAUUUCUCUCAGCCAGGCUCUUCUGCAGAAGGCCAAGGGGCUGGUUUCCCUUGUCCACCUGGGUGAAAGACCUUUGCCUAAGUGGAUUUCUUUCCUAUCUUCAGUUCCCAGAGACUUCAACCCCUCCCUUGGUUGAAGGGCCCAUCUUUCUGAGCUUGCAAGAGAUCUAUUCCUUUGUGUCUGUCUAGUGAAGGAUCCCAAAGAUGGCUUCUGUCCUUGUUUUCCAAAUUUCAAUGACCUUGCUUUAAGAGGCAGGAUGACCUCAUGCUCUACUUCCCUUCCUGUGGACUUCCCAACCCCCUGCUGAUUUCUAUGUAAAUGGGGCUUCCAUUGUUUUUGGUUAAACCUUGCAUUUAGGGUGAACAGAUGUCCUAAUUUUAUAGGGACAGUCCUGAUAUUUUGGGCUUUGUCUUAUAUAGGCGCCUAUUACCCCCCACCCCGUCCCAAUUUUUCACACUUGCUGUCUGGUCACCCUACUUGCAUUUCACCUUUCAUUGCAGCCAGGUAGAUAGCUGCCUUCUCUCCUACCUAUUUCUCCUUGUCUGGCCACCAACUUUAAAGCAUAAUAUCAUUAGGUGUCCAUAUUUCCUCGUAUAGCGUUAAUAUGGACAUUUCACAAUGCUAUUAAUCACCAGUGUGUCAUUAGCUUUCAGAAAAGACCUCACUCGAUAUACUUUUAUCAGUACAGUAAUAUUGUAUCCAAUCAGUUGAUUCAAUUGCUUAUCCCUUGAGAUUCAGCCCCUCCAUCUUUAUACACCAGUAAACCUUUGCAAUGUAUUCUCCUGAAUGUUACUCCUCCAAGUAAAGUUUAUGUGAGGAAGGCAACAUGGGGUCAUGUGGUGAUGGUUUUUCCCCCCUGCUGGUAUUAGCUAAAAUUCAAAUUGUUCUGUUCUCUGCAAUCUCCUCCCGCUGAUGUCUGGAUAGUCCGGUUUAUAGGUAAAUUGAGGUAAACACGCAUUCCUUUGUUUAGGACAGACGUAUGUCACACCUUUACUGAGGCAAGGUUGUCUGGACUUGAAUAUGUUCUAGUAACAUCAUACAGGGGAACUCGUAAGUUUACAUAUAGUGUUGCUACAUACAUUUCAUCAUGGUAUGGUUGAGCAGCAAGUGAUUCAUUUUUAAAUGAUACCUCACAAGGCCUAUUUUGUGCAAAGAUUGUUGCAAUAAUGCAGAGAGGUGCAUAUACCUGGAUGUUUUGGGUCGCAGGGUCAAACCAUGGCUCUGAUCUGGGCACGGGGAUCUCUAGCACUCAUAGGCUCCGACUCCGUGGGUGCUCCGGGGCUGUAGCACCCAUGGGAAAAAAAUAGUGGGUGUGUUUGGCGGCGGGUAGGAGGUGCUUAGGGAGGGGGCAGAACUGGGGCGAAGUGGGGAUGGGAAGAGGCAGAGUGGGGCGGGGCCUUGGGGCAGAGCAGUGGUGGAAGCACCCACUCAGAAAAACGAAAGUCAGCGCCGGUGCUAGCUCUGCACAUGUAUCAUAGCUAAUGCAUGGCAUCUACUUUCCCUUUAAAAAUGAUGUUGGCAAGAGAGCUAGGUCUCAGGUUAGUCACCUACCUAACGCUCAUGAAUUAAACUGAUUACACUGAGCAUGCCCAGAAAAGUCAGCCAACAGGCUUUUGAGUGUACCAUUUCUCAUGAAGUUGAAUAGCUCAAGGGCAUGUGCAAUUGCCACUGUUCAAACCAAGCUUCAGCCAGUGGUAGCUUGUAUCCAAUCUAGGGCUAAACUCUGUCUCUCUUGGGGGACAAGGCAGGUGAGAUAAUAUGUUUUAUUGGACCAACUUCCCUUGAUGAAAGAGACAAGCUUUCGAGCCACACAGAGCUCUUCUGCAGGGCUGGGAAAGGUACUCCGAGCAUCACAGCAUAAUGCAAGUUGGAACAGAUUGUUUGGCAUAAGUAGUUAGCACAUAUUGUAAGUGACCAUUCAAGGCAGACCAUUAACACCUCUGCAGUCAUAGGACAAAAAGAGAGGGGUAGCAGGUUACAGCUUGUCCUAAUAAGCCAUAAAUCCAGUGUGUCUGUUCAGUCCUUGAUUUUAGGUGUUUAGCAGUUAUGAAUUUAAGCUCCCAGGCUUGUCUUUUGAAAGUGUUGGACAGGUUUGCAUAUUAGCUAAUUAUAUAGAAGAGCAGAAAAAUUAGGAGGGCUUAAUAUCAACAUUAUCCUCAACCUGUUCCUUUUAAAGGAAGUUCUUAAGGCUGAAAAGUCAAGCAGUUUCAGUUAGGCAGUGCCAGAAUCAAGGAUGUGUGGGCAAAGUUAUUUCUUUUCCCUUGUGUCUUGGUAUUAGGAUACAAUCUCUCAUUACAAGAUCACAUGCUACUGUGCUCAUUAGCACAGGGCAUCUCUGCGGGAGCAAACAUGUUCCUGUCAGCACUUAAAAUGGGAGAUUUACCCAUCUCUGUGGAAUUCAAGCUUGUCCCCAGGGAAGCCAUGGGGUCAGAUUAGUAAAUGAAUAAUCAUCCCCAAAACAAACACAUUCUCCUCUGUGCUGUGUCACCAUCUGUGCUCUGUCUUAGCUGGAGAGCAGCUGAUAGCAGGUCAGGCAGGGACCUUCCAUUAUCAGCAAAAUCACUUCUGAUUCGGAGCAGAAGGCAGAGAUAACAGAAGCCCAGCUCCUAGCAGCCAUGGCUUCAGGGACUUCUGGAUAGGGACUCUAAGAGGAAACCAAAUGUCCCAUCUGCAGAGACUAUUUCACAGAGCCGGUGAGUGUAGACUGUGGGCACAACUUCUGCCGGGGCUGCAUCCCUCAGCACUGUGACACAUGGACAGAGGGGGACUAUGACCCUUUGUGCUGUCCCAUGUGCAGAACCUGGAUCCAGAAGGAGAAUCUCUGGCUUGACUGGGACCAGGCAAGAUUAGUAGAAAUCUAUUUAAAUAAAAGAUUUUGUUUCAAUUUUGCCUUUAUUCCUUUUAUUAUAUUAUAUACAAUAAAAUGUUAAACAAAGGUCAUUUUGAAACAAAAAAUCAAAAUGUUUUGUUCUGUAAGUAUCAAAAGGGGCAUUUCAACAUGAAUGAAAUGCUUUGUUUAAUUUUUUUUCUAAACUAAGUUUUGAUGAAAUCGACCCUGGAAAGUUCAGAUAUCGAUGAAAUGGUAUUUUCCGAAGAAAAAACAUUUUGUCUCUCAAUUUUCAACCAGCUUGACUUGAUAUUUCCCCAUCAUCAAACAUCUUAUCAAACAUUUUUCCUGUGUGUGCCUGACAGAUAGAAAAUUGUAAUGGUAGAUAUAAAUCAUAGAA